AUGCAGCACUACGGGGUGAACGGCUACUCGCUCCACGCCAUGAACUCACUGAGCGCCAUGUACAACCUCCACCAGCAGGCGGCGCAACAGGCCCAGCACGCCCCUGACUACAGGCCCUCAGUGCAUGCCCUCACUCUUGCAGAGAGACUGGCUGACAUCAUCCUUGAGGCCCGGUAUGGCUCCCAGCACCGUAAGCAGCGGCGGAGUCGCACGGCCUUCACCGCUCAGCAGCUGGAGGCCCUGGAGAAAACCUUCCAGAAGACCCACUAUCCUGAUGUGGUGAUGCGUGAGCGUCUGGCAAUGUGCACCAACCUGCCCGAGGCACGAGUGCAGGUCUGGUUCAAGAACCGUCGGGCCAAGUUUCGUAAGAAGCAGCGCAGCCUGCAGAAGGAGCAGCUCCAGAAACAGAAGGAGGCCUCAGGAGCAGCAGACGGCUCUCCAGAGGACUCCAAGACUGACCUCACUACCGCCAACACCACUACCACCACCACCCUGGCUCCUGAGGCCCGCACCCCUCCCCUCCCCUCCUCCUGUCACUCAGAGGAGAGGCCGGAGGCGGCACGGCCCCAGCCUGACGAGAUGAGCGUGGAAGUCAACGUCACCUCCCCUGAGCCAUCGGACAGCGAGUCAGCAGCAGAAGAUAAUGCUGACAGGGAAGAGGACGAAAUGAGGGGGGAGACGAGGGUGAAGACCAGGGAGGAGACGCAUGGGGAGAGAGGAGCGCAGCCAGCGAGCAGCUCCCCAUCCUGCAAACGACUCAGCCCUGCACCAGACUCUCCCCUAAGCUCCCCUGCCUUGCCGUCCUCCAGCAGUGCGAGUGGCGGUAUGGCUCCGGGCAACUCCUACGCCUCGUCCCCCCUCAGCCUCUUUCGGCUGCAGGAACAGUUUCGGCAGCACAUGGCCGCCACCAGCAACAUGGUGCACUACCCGUCCUUCGACAUGAGCACGCAGUCCUCUCUGCCCUACCUGGGCAUGAACGUCAACAUGCCGUCCCCGCUGGGCUCACUGCCCUGCCAGUCCUAUUACCAGUCGCUGUCACAGGCCCAGCAGGUGUGGAACAGCCCGCUGAUGCAGCCGGCGCCAGGCAGCCUCCCGGGCAGCCUCCCGGGAAGCAUCCCGGGAAGCCUCAACAGCAAGACGACGAGCAUUGAGAACCUCCGCAUGAGGGCUAAGCAACACGCAGCCUCGCUGGGAUUGGACACGCUCCCCAACUGAAGCCCAGGCUGCUCAGUUUCUACGUUGGGCUGUUGCUCUGUGACGUAGCUAUGAUUUAUGGGCCCAGUCCACAGGAAGUCACCCCGACACAUUCCUCUUGGCCUUUCAUCACUGUCAGCAACGUCGGCUGCCAAAAGUUAAUUCUAAAAUUCCCAAGUUCAAAAUCGGUUUCUUACUUUAACAACUACUGAGGACAUUUUGCAAUUUUUCAGACUCCCAACUAAAUUCAAUUUCAAAACCAGAGCAGCACAACAAAGAGUAGAAACAACUUAUUUUAGGGCAAACAUGAAGUGUGUUUCAGAGCAGACACUGAAGGGGCCCCUCCUCAGCUUGGGGCCCUCGGCCGUUGAGCACAUCAAGUGGGCAUGUAGCUCACUGCUGAGAGCUCAUGAGAAACAUGAAGAACACCUCUGCUGGACAGAACAGAAAAUAAGAUUCUAAGAAGAACUCAAUGGUCUUGAAUGAAUAGAUGAAAAAAAAGAAAAAAAGAAAGUAUAAUGCCACCUGGACUGGAGUUAUGACUGAACACUUCCUCCUGCCCGUGUGGAUCUUGCUUGUGUGUGACUCCUUCUGGUCAACAGCUCCAGCCUGAUGCUGUUGUUCAACAUGAAUCGAGUCUCCUUGGUGAAGAUGGGGCAGCAAGUCUUGAACCACAGAGCUAACGUUCUCUUUCCAGGACCGAUAUUAAAACAUUCCAU